GAACUGGCGAUUGCACCACAGUGCUUAUGAUUGCUGGACCAAACGUAGUGCGCUGUUUUCGAAGGACCUACGUGUUAAUUUAAACUCGAAUACCGAUAGUAAUCAACUGCAAAAUGAAGUAUGAAAAUUGCGUUGAAAAACAAACAAUCGAAUACACACACACCACCGUUCCGGCCUCAAUGCGCAGUCCUUAUUGGAAAUACUUUGGGUUUCCUUCAGACAGUGCUAAUAAAAUUUUAACGCGGCAAAAGAUUAUCUGCACGCUUUGUGGUACUGCCAUUACUUACAACAAAAAUACAUCCAAUCUUCGCACGCACCUAAUUGCGCGGCAUCCGGAGCGACUGCAUGAAAUGCAUCUGCAGCAGCGGCAGCAAUGCUCAACAUAUGCCGGCUUGGAAGAGGGCGACAGUAAUGAUGUCUCAACAGAUGUUUUAAAUGAAGUUGAAUUAAAUGAAGAGAGCGAAGUAAAAGUACAAAUAUGUAAGCGCUCAAAUUCGCUCGACCAUGAUGAGGGUAGUGCUUUAAAAAUUAAACGACUGACCUCAAAUUAUCGUGCAGUCAAUAAAAUAACAUUAACAAGUGAUCAAGAGGACUCUCAAUAUCAACAUGAAAACACAGGGAAUGUAAAAGCAAUUCCAAACCAUCAAAAAAUUAAUGAUGUGAAUGAGCACGUCGUUGUUAAUAGAAGCAGGAGUGGCUACGAGUUUCUUGAUUCAGAACCAGUUAACGCUUUGACAACAACUGGAACCGAAGAUGUGGUCAUUCAUUGUGCUGAUGAUUUCAGUGUUGAUACUGUACACAAUGAAGCACAUGAAUUCGUAGAAGACGAAGCAGUUACGCUUGAAAGCGAAAUCACGCAGAAAUCUUUGAUUGACGACUCAAGUAGUUCCUCAUCCGGUCACCGCGGACAAUCGAAAACAUCCAGUGCGUUGCAAAACAGAACUUCUUACGUCGAAGGGCUUGCAGGCAUGCUGGUCACCGAUCUAUUACCGUUUAGUGUUUUGCAGGGGUUCGGCUUUAAAACUCUUCUUAACUCAAUUGGAGCUCCUAAUGUAGAUAAAUAUGAAAUUGAGAAGAAAGUACAGGAUGACUUUGGGCAAAUGCAAGAUAUUCUAAAAAAAUAUAUUUCACAAAACAUUUUGCAAGAUCAUAAACCAUAUUCACUUAGUAUUGAAUCUUAUAUUAAUAACGAAGAGGAGAGCAUUGCUAGCAUUUAUGUUAACUUUCUUAAUGUUGAUUAUGAAAGGAAAUUGGAAAGUGUUCUAUAUGAAGAAAUUGUCUGUAACGGCCCAAUAGACUUGGAAAAUGCUUUGCUAGAAUUCGAUCUGAGCCGUUGUGCUGUAAUUGUAGCAAUGGUGGACGAGAAUUCAGUCGUAAACGAAUUCGCCACAACUCAUGAAAUUGAAGUGGUGCCAUGUUUGGAUGCAUUACUUACUCGGUGUCUUGACCUAAUAUUCGAACAGAAUGUAGUCUUAGAGGUGCUUCACAGGAUUUUUAAACUAUAUCAGUAUCUUAAUUUGACAGAAUUGCCAUCCCAUUGCUCGUGGUCGAAGCUAAAAUUUAUUAAAGAUUUCCUCGACAGCUCAUUAGCGAACGAUUUGGAAUGCCAGGAUAUGGCGUCAGAGUUGGAACCUUUCAUAGCAUACAUAAACCCUUUGAAGAUUACAUUUGAUACAAUAACCACAGAAUCGUUACCGCUCUGUACACUUGUUCGGCCAUUGAUUACGAAACUUUUCGAGGAACAUUUCUUAGUAUUUAACACAGAGGGUAAUGUUUACCUGGAGUCUGCGCAGAAAGUAGUCAAUGUUGAACUACGCAACAGCCUGACAAAGUGUUCAUAUUUUUCUGAGGCAGUAAUCUUUGAUCCGCGCUUUCAACAUGACUUUAUUCAGCCCAAUAGUCAACAGAUAUGUGAUCAACGACAAAAUGCCACUUUUGAUAGUAUUCAACGCCAAGACAUAGUGGCGGCAAUUAAACAGCGGUUUCAACGUUUAAUACCGACGUCAGAUACACAACUAAAAGUGGGACAAAGCCAGCAACAUGCCUUACCACAGAUAGUACCAAAAUCAAGUUUAAGAUCUUUUUUUCAUCGCAUUAGCGAUGCAGCGGGCGCAGCUAAUCGAAAGCAUUCCAACAAUCCGAUUCCGAAGCUAACCCAACCAGAAAGUGCUAUCGAUGUAGAAUUUAAUCGAUACAAGUGUGAGUCAACAUUAGAUUUAGAACAAUGCCCGAUAAGUUGGUGGCAAUUGCAAGCCCAACAAUAUAAGCAACUGUACGAAAUCGCCAACUACUAUCUGAGCGUUCCAUGCUAUGCGGUACGUUCACCGACGAUAGGCGAUCAUGAAGAAACGGUGGUAAAUAGCAGAAGUGUGCGGUGGCAAAGGCGUAGGGCACUUCGACUUCAACACCCUGUCGAAAAGUGUUUGUGGUAUUUACACUAUAAUCGAGCAUUAUGUGAUAAGAUAAAACAAUCCAAACAGUUUUGUCCAUAGUUUCAACUUAGUUAUAAAAUCUGGUAAAAUAUUUUGUCGCUAUCUAAUUAGCACAAGCAUGUUUAGUUUUUAGUAUGCUAUUUUUAAGUCGCUCUUAUUAUAAGGAUACAUAUUUUUUCAAAAAAAGAAGUUCAUAUAAUAUACAUUUUUAUAUGUUACCGGCCAAACUCGAUCUUAGGACAAACUAGUUUUUCCUGGGCGAAACUAGUUCUAUCUAGAUUCGAUACAUCCGUCUAACGCGAAAUCAGGUUGGACGCAACAAUAUUGUAGACUGCGUAGUUGGAGUUGGACUGAUGAGGGUUAUUUCUAUGAAGUGCGGCCGAAGGCCGCUUACGCAGAAAGUAGUUCUGCUCAAAAAUAAUGUGGCGCUUGAUCUAGUUUAGCUUAGUCAAAACUAGUUUGUCCUAAGAUCGUGUUUGGCCGGUAACAUAUAUAACGUAAAUAGCGAACAAUAAAUAAAU